UGUUUUCAGGGAAAGACCCCCUAGAACUCACUCUUUUUGAUGCCGUAGGUAUCGGGAAUGAAAGAAUUUUCCGUUAAAAAACAGUGAGAGAUGGACAGCCCUACGGCUUAAAACAAGGGAUGUGACUAUAGAAGUUCAACCACAAGCGUUAAAUGUUACGUGUUUGAAGACAAAAGACACGAAUAAGGUCACCUGCAUUAUCCCGAAUUUAUUUUAUGACGAAACUGGAAGUGCCAGAUUGUUGGAACGCUAUCCUACCUUUACUAGGACAUGUAUACAAUAAAUGUCAAGGGCAUCACUAUAGCAAGAAAAAGAAAAGCCGCAGCAUAGCCAUGACGGCUCUAACCCUUCUAGCAUUCCUCUUCUUUCUCCACAUUCUACAACAAUGUCUCCACGAUCAAGUAGAAACUACCACCGUAGCCCCUACCACUAUAGUGAUGCAAGCCAAUAUUCAAACUGCGAAAGAAGGUGCUCACAAUUUAGCAAAGGAUUCAGGUCAUAGCUAUAACAGAGAUAGUAUGAAAGAAUCACAAAUUAGAGCGGCUAGUGAUGAAAUAGAAGUUACAACAUCAUAUAGUAGCGAAGAAAGGAAGAUGUUGCAAGAAUCGUCCAAGGAGGGUGGUAGUUUUUAUCAAUAUGAUAAGGUUCAUGUUCCGGUGAAGAUGAAAAUGGUGGAGAGACCUCAUAAAAUUAAAAGGUUGUAACUCGUCAAGUGCUCAAUAAUUUUUGAAAUUGUAUAAAUAAAUGUAAUUUAUUGAAGGAAAAAAUAUACAGUGCGCUUGAAUAAGUGUUAUCCCCCUUAUAAACUUGUUUAUUUUUAGUAGGUAUAUAAGGAAAAUGCUCGGACAGGUCGAUUUUUAAAAUAAUCAUAGUAUAUUAUAGCAUAAAUGUUUCGAACAUUACGCGAUCCCUCUUCAGGUAACAGGCAUAACUUUGAUUUUUUUAAAUAGGAAAGUACAUCAUGUGAUACCUGCUACCUCAUUUAAAAACUUGUGAAAUACUGAUUACAAAAAUCUAUAAUACUUUAAUCCUUUUUAAGAGCGUAGGUGCCAGAUUUCGGCCGAAUUAUUUUUAAAUGCUUUUAUUUUUUUCGAAUACUGAGAAAACUAAUAAGUAUUUUUGAAAAAUGUAAACGCAGUAUAAAAUAUUACAGUAUUAUUAAGGGUCGAAAGUCCCUGAGAACUUCUAUAAUGUAUAUUUUAAUAAGUCACGAGUGAAAAAAAGAGAAAAUUUAGUUUGAUUUUUAAUUUCAAAUAUAUGUAUCAUUCAAAAGAAACUUUUUGUUUAUUCUAAGGGACUUUCAGCCCUCCGUAAUAAUGUAAUCUUUCAUUCUGCAUUUAAAUUUUUCAAAAAUCAGUUUUCUCAGGAUUCGAAAAAAAUAAAUGCAUUUAAAAAUAAUUCGACCGAAAUUUUGCUCCUACGCUAUCAAAUAAGCUUAAAGUGUUAUACAUUUUUGUAAUCAGUAUUUUAAAAGCUUUUAAAUUAGGUGUCACAUGAUGUACUUUCGCAUUUAAAAAAAUCAAAGUUAUGCUUGUCACCUGAAGAGAAUUUGCGUAAAGUUCGAAACAUUGAUGCUAUAAUAUACUAUAAUUAUUUUAACCCGGCACCUGCCACGUGGGGUGCUACCAGCACCCCAUAACACAUUUUUAUCAAAUAUUUGGUAUUUCAAGUUUGGUAACCGAGCUGUGCGUCAUAGUAGCUUUGUAUAAUAUUAUAUAGCAUAUAUAUGUUAGUGUUUGAAGUGGUUAUUUAGUGUCAUUCUGAACUUAUAGCUCUAAAGUCGAAUUGGGGUGUCAUCAUCUGGCACUUUAAGUUUUAUUUUUUUUGUAUCUUUUUAUAAACAGGUCAAAUUUACAUUUUUUAUUGAAAUAACUGAUUUAAAUUAUUAAUAUAGACUCU